AUGGAUUCUCAGAUCAAGCAUGCUGUGGUUGUCAAAGUGAUGGGGAGGACUGGUUCGCGUGGUCAGGUGACUCAGGUAAGAGUGAAGUUCACAGACUCGGACCGUUUUAUCAUGAGGAAUGUGAAAGGACCGGUGAGGGAAGGAGACAUCCUCACUCUCCUCGAGUCCGAGAGAGAAGCCAGAAGACUCCGUUGAUUCUCUUAUGCAAAGUCUUCUCAGGAUUUACAUUUUGAUGCUCAUUUAGCUUUUUGUUUUCGUCUGAGAUUGAAGCCUUUGUUGUUAAGACAAUGUUUGAAUCUAGAAAUGAAUCUUUUAUGACAAA